GCGACCUCAUUUUAAUUUCAACGCCAUUUUGUGUUACGUUGGCAACUCUUAGUGCGAUUUUUUAUUGUUGUUGUUAGUGAUUUUUAUAAAAGUGAACUUCAAAAAUGUUACCAUAUCAAACUGUUGCGGCUAUGGAUUAUGGCACAUCCACGACCGCCUUUCAACGCCAUCAGUCUGUUCCUGGGAGUAAUAAUGGUGGUACCGGUUUAACAACGUCACCUUUAACGGCGGCUGGUUUGGGUGCACAAGUCAACAUGAAUAUCAAUCCAGCAGCCGCGGCAUUCACCCACUCCUGGUUCGUACCGGCCGACUUCUGUGGUUUACCCGCGUACAAACACAACCAAAAUCACCACCAUGGUUCUGUACCGGUCCUCGAACCUGGUAUUUUGGAAUUACGAAAAGAGAAAAGUCGUGAUGCGGCUCGCUCCAGACGUGGCAAGGAGAAUUUUGAAUUUUAUGAACUAGCGAAAAUGCUACCAUUACCUGCGGCUAUUACUUCACAAUUGGAUAAGGCUAGCAUUAUACGUUUAACAAUUAGUUAUUUAAAAUUACGUGAUUUUUCGGGACAUGGUGAUCCACCGUGGAAUCGAGAUCAACCUCCAAAUAAAACCGUUAAAGGCAUACAAUCAAGAUCUAGAGCUGCAAAUAUGGCGUUAGAAAUGUUUGAACAACAUCAAGGAACACAUAUUUUACAAUCACUAGAUGGAUUCGCAUUAGCAUUAGCAGCUGAUGGGCGAUUCUUGUAUAUUUCAGAAACUGUAUCAAUAUAUUUAGGAUUAUCACAGGUUGAAAUGACUGGUAGCAGUAUAUUCGAUUAUGUGCACCAUGCCGACCAUACAGAAAUGGCUGAACAAUUAGGAUUAGGUUUAUCACAGGGACAAAAUAUGGCAUCACCAAAUAGUGCAAACUCUGAAGAAGGUACAUCCACAACAGGCACAAAUAAUCCAGAUGUUGCCACGAUAAUGUCGUUAAAUAAUAAUGGGCCAUAUAAAGGUCUUGAUCGAGCAUUUUGUAUUCGUAUGAAAUCAACGUUAACGAAACGCGGAUGUCAUUUUAAAUCGUCUGGUUAUCGAUGUGAAUUCCAGGUUGUUUUACUGCUGUGCCGUCUAAGGCCCCAAUACACAUUUUCACAUUCACGGAAAAAUCAACCGCCAUUAUUGGGAAUGGUUGCCUUAGCGAUUGCAUUACCACCGCCUAGUGUUCAUGAAAUUCGAUUAGAAUCAGAUAUGUUUGUGACAAGGAUUAAUUUUGAUUUUCGAAUAGCUCAUUGUGAGCCAAGAGUAUCAGAACUUUUGGAUUAUACUGCAGAGGAAUUAACUGGGAAAAAUUUAUACGCUUUAUGUCAUGGCGAAGACGCCAAUAAAUUAAGGAAAUGCCAUUUAGAUUUAAUCAGUAAAGGACAAGUUUUAACACAUUACUAUCGAAUGAUGAAUAAAAAUGGCGGAUACACAUGGGUACAAACUUGUGCAACAGUUGUAUGCAACUCGAAAAAUGCUGAUGAACAAAAUAUCAUAUGCGUUAAUUAUAUAAUCAGUGGUUUAGAAUAUGAAAAUUUAAUAAUGGAUUGUUGUCAAUUAGAGGAUAAUUCCCAAACAGUUAAACAUGAAGAGACUAGUGGGAAUGAUCCUGAAAAUCGAUCACCUGAUGCUGAUCGAGGAGAAGGGCAUUCUGGAGGAGCACCAAAUUCACAUCAAGAUUCACAUCGAUCCCCAGCAAACAUGGACGAUGGUUCCAGUGAUGGUCCCAACGAAAAUAAAGGACGUCACAUGGAUAAUGUAACACAAUUACAAAUGGAACAACCGAUUCCGGUACGAAAUAUCUCGUUACAAUCCACAAAAGAUAGACAUCAUCACACAACGGCCCACAAACGAAAACUAUCACAAGUUGAUCCUCAUGAACCAAGUGGUUCUGAAGAAGAUAAUAUCGAAGAUGAUAUUGAUGGUGCCAAACGUAAAAAUAUACAUCGAACCACAUCACGAAGUACAGCUUUAAGUCCAGCCUCGUCUUCAUGUCAUUCAAAUACUCAAACACCUGCAACGCAGGAGUCACAUAAUCGUAACGAUAAAAUUAAUUUAGUGAAUCCGGAACAAUUGACGUCGGAACAGCAACAAACUAACGAAGGUGCUUCGGGAACGUCCGUUAAAGAUUUAGAACAUGCAAUGUCGAAACAUUUACCAAGUAGUAUAUUAACGAAAAAUUCAUCGAAUAGUAAAUCACCGAAUAAUGCAGGAGUUGUUUUACAUCAACCGACUGAUUUUAGUACGGAUGCACUUUUGAAACAACAGCAACAGCGUAGCACUAUACAAUGGAUUGGAGCUCAUCAUCAUUUGAAUCAUUUGAGUCAUCAUCAGCAGUUACAACAUGCUCAGGCGCAAGCUUCAGGUGCUCCAUUACCAGCGACAGCCUUACUACGCCAGCUGUACGCGAAUCGUGAAAGUGUCAUCCGUGCAAACGUCCACAGUAGUUCCGUAGGAAGUCGUACCACUGGAAAUUCAUGGAGUGAUGUAUCCCAAGUUGGUGUAGGACCCUUACCAACACCUCCAGGCAGCGAAGGUUCCUCAUCUGCAUACGUUGAACAUCAAUUUAUGCUGUCUCAACAGAAAGCUAACCCUGCAGUAAGUGGUGAUGCAUUCACUAGCUUAAUCUCCACGUACUCAAGUGCAGGAGGCUCAGGAGGUGGAGGCGGUUAUGGCAUGGAUUAUCAUUCGGCGAUGACUCCACCUUCAUCAGUCUCACCACGUGAUAAACAUCAACAAUUACAUACCCAAGUAUUCGAUAAUCCCGUAUAUUCGGAUGUAUUGCGUGCGCAUCAAUAUGGUGUAAGUGUGGGUGCUUCGGAUAAUCAACCAGCACAACCUUUACCCCUAAAACCUCAAGUGUAUUCGGCAAUGCAUCCUAGUGCACUUGAUACCUAUGGUCCGAUUGAUCAAUCACAAUUUUAUCAUCAUGGUAGCAGUGCGGCCGGCUUUCAUCUGUAUCAUCCGGCGACGGCAGCUUCCUCCAAACCAUCUAGUGGUCAUGUAUCGACAUCGAAUUGGUAUUCAACGUCAUCAUAGUUUUAAAGUGUACACGAUUACUUUCUUCUAUUUUUUUUGUACUUAAAUCCAGAAAAAAAAAACAAUUUUACUCAUUAUAUGUGCGCUUAAAAAAUGUAGCCGGACGCCAUGUGAAUAAUAUGCGCGAUAAUUUAUUUAAUGUUGGUAUUACUUAAAACUUAACUUUUAAAAAAAAACACAGCAACGCGGUAUUUUUUUAAUAAUGAAACACUCCAAAAUUCUCCCAGCCUCCCCCCAUUCCCUUUUUUCCUCAUCCAACACACAAAAAAUGUUUUUUUAUAAAAAAAAAAU